GAGACGCGUCGUUUGUUUCGAGCCCGAUUUUACAAUAAUACUGUCGUUCAGUUAAGCUAAGCUACAUUUACUUUUGUUCGGUGUAUCUUGUGGUUACCAGAAACGAUAUUCGCUUGCUCAUGAUCAAAAGGAAGCAUUCCGUUCAAAAUGCUGAAGUCAAGCCCCGUACCCGGAAGUUGCCCGUGACGAUGAUGCCCAAUGCGCCAUCGGUGGCCCGGACAAUACAAACUCGGGCUAAAAUGUCACAGGGAACCAUGUUCAUUCGCAAGCCUCAGCCCCAACGAUCGUUGAUUGUGCUACGGGAUCCUCCCAUCGACCUGGAGCUGGAGCAGGAACAGGAUGACAUUCUGAGUGUUCACGAUGAAGAAUUCAAGGAUCUGACGGACAAUGAGUCUGUGGUGAGUCUCGGGUCGAGUCGUGACGACAGCUGCGAGGAAGUCACCUCCAUCACCAUAGACGCCUUUAUGGAUACAACACCCGCGGUAGCUGUAGACUCGUCCAUGGACGAUUCUACCACACGGGACGCCACCACUAGCCCCAGAGAUAAAAGGAAACGCUUGAUCAAGGCGGUGCACAAGCGACGUGUCCUCUAUGAUAGCAAACAUCGCAGCUUCCACGACAGGGAUUUCAAGAAUGAUAUGUGGCGUAGCAUUGCCCGACGCCUUUCGAUCGAGAUGGAAAACUGCGUUGAUAUUUGGACCGAACUGCGCUACGAAUUCCAGUGCCAUAAGCGUCAAAUGUACAACUAUAAGCGAAAAAUUGCCCAGAAUCGUCCGUGCGGUAGCCGUCCCUUUAUGGUGCACGAGGAGGAGAUGUGCUUCUUGUAUCCGCAUGUGGCCUGCCAUCCGUUGAUACGGCAGACGAAAGUAGCCGAGCCAGCGAAAGAGGAAGAUGUGGUGAUGGUGGAUACCGCACAGCCAGUGGCUAUUAUCGAUUUGGAUCUGGACGAUGACAACUUCAGGAUCACGCCCGAUAUGCGUCGCCUCAUUGAAGCCGUACGCUUCUAUCCACAAUUAUACAAUGCAUCACACAGCAGCUACAGCGAUUACCGGCAUCGCGGCCUCAUCUGGGGCGCCAUAUCCAACGAGCUGGGUGAAAAGGCCACCAAGCUGAUGAACCAAGCCCCAAAUGAGGCUUCAGAUCUGAUGAAAUUGAUGAUAUUCCUUAUACCGCACAUACCCCACAUGAAGGAGUCUGUGUAUAAGACCUCCAAGUACCUGACAAACACCUGGCACGAUCCCAUCGAGCAGUUUCGCAGUGUGAUGACGCUGGUUAAUAUGCUGAAGAGCAAUCCAGAGCUGGUCCAGCUCACCGAUGAGUAUCUGCACUUUAAGAAUAAGCCGCCAGGGUAUCACGAGCUGUGGCAGAAGGUCGCCACCCAGGCGAUGAGCACACCCGAACGCUGUGAGGUCACCUGGCUGGUGUUGCGCUCCUUUCACAGCGAACUCGUGGAGAUGCGAUUGGCCAGCUAUAAGCUGCAGGACAAGUGGUUCUUCGAGAGCACCAUCACCACGAUAUACAGGAUGGUCGUUGAGCGCACAGUAAAUCGUGAGGGCCAUAAGCAAGACUCCAGCAGCGAUCCGAGCGUGCGAACGCCCAUGGCCAGAGUGGCCCUGCUGGACAGUAUGACGGAUGAGUCACUAAAAUCAGCAAAGACUUCACCACGUAUGCCACUGGCCAUUGUUUAUCCGUCCUCUAGUGUUAAAGCCGUGUUCCAUAUUCCCCCCACCACAACCAGUAGCAACAGCAGCAGCACCACCACCACCCCCAUCAGCACCACCGUCACUACCAAAACCACCGCAAUCUCAAGCAGCAGCAGCACCACCACCACACUGGCCACUGCCACUUCCACUGCCACUGCCAGCAUAGCCACAAGUACAGUAAGCUCAUCAGCCUGCGGCACAAUCAUCAAGAAUGAUGGCCUCAAGUACAUGAAAUCCUUGAGUUUGGCAGUGCCCAACAACACCUUGAAGAUGACAAAAAAUGUAUCGGCUAUACUGGAUGGGAAUCCAGUGCCCAAAGUAAUUGUGGUGCAUCGCAGAACGCCGUUGCCGGCUCCAGCUAUGCCCACCUAUAGGAUACGAUCCGGUGUCCCGGUGGUGUCAACACCACCUAUGAGAUCUCCUGCACCUGCCAUUGUCAUGGCAACAAAACAAAAUGCUGUGCCUGUUCCACCAACAAAUGGCAUGGGUACGGCACCGUUAACUGCACUAAGGGAAGCCACAGCUAUCACAAUCAUGCCACCAAAUGUAGCCUUGAAACGAAAGCGACCGUCGAUCAGUGUCAAUGGCAACAUCAGCAGCAUCAGCAGCAGCAGCAUCAGCAGCAGCAGCAUCGAUGGCACUGGUAACCGGUCCUCAACCAGCGAAACGGAAACCGCAUCAGAACCGAAUGAUAUUCCAUUGCCAGCAAUAGCAAACAGCCGCCUGCAAAUGCAAAUCAUAAGCAAAAUUAAAGUAGAACUUUUGGAGAGUUUGACGGAUGGGAAUUCGCUGCAUAUACAUGGCGGUGCGCUGACCACCCACUACUCAAUGAAUAUGACGCGUGUGGCUUCGCUGAUACGAGAGGUGAUGGCCAUACCGAUUCUACACAACAGCAAUCCAAAAUUGGCGGUCAAGAAAUCUGAAUUUUGGGCUAAUGUGGCCAGGAAAUUUCACAUGCCAGCUGAUGCCUGUCGCGCCAUUUGGAAAUUUCUGAGCGAGAACAUCAGCCUGUUUCCGGCGAUUGCGCCCAUGCCGGACCUGAUGGGUCCCUACAAGAGCUACCCCAAGAGUUGGGAGAAAUCGGAUCAGCUAUUUAGAAAAUUCGAAGCGACUGCCCUCAAGAACAGAUGGGCUAAAAUCAAGGAUCAGCUGCCCCUGCUAAUGAUGCACUUUCGCAUGUACGAGCAUCUGUACAGCGAUAUGCGCAGGCCGCGGCCCGGCGAGCUAUUUCAACUCAGACAUGUUACCCAAGAGCAGCGUGAUGACGUAUGGCGGGUGGCCAACACAAAAUUUCCCGAUAUCAAUCAUAUGGAAGUUUGGUCCACAUUUAAGAAUACUUUUCGCACAUAUAUGGACGACCUGGAGUUGGGCAUUGAGAAUCCAUGGCCGCGGCUAUGGUGGACGACCUUCGAUCAGCUCAGAUUCCUUGUGAAUGUGCGCUAUCAUCCGCUGGAGCCAUACUACUACAUAGUCCACACCAAGAUCAGGGAGGAGGUGAAGCGUUGCAGUAUUUAUGAGAAGAUGAUGACGCCGCGUCCCGCCGAUCUCACGCCAAAGCCAAAAGUGUUGGGCAGCCAGGUACGCAUUGACUGGGAACCAUUGCCCUGGGACACCGAAGAGGCCAAGCGUCUGCUGACGGGUAAACUGAGAGCUGACUCAGUCGUGCCAAACGCUAUUGCUCCUGCUCCACCUCCAGCUAAAGCUACAGCUGCAUCUCCAGUGGCUGCUCCUGCUGCACCUCCGGCGGCUGCUCCUGCUGCACCUCCGGCGGCUGCUCCUGCUGUUCCUGUUCCUGCGCCGGCUCCAGCACUACCUUUAGCUCGGUCUCUUCUUCGUCCUCGUCCUCUUGUUCUCGUUGCCAAAGGAUUCAAAGGCGCGACUAUGCCUGCUGUGAAAAUCAAGGGCCAGAAACAGUUGCCGACGGCAGGCCGGACAUGUGAAAAAUUGAAAUUAACAACGGAGCGACCCUUGCCGAUUAUACCAGCCUUUGAGGUGACCAGUACUCUGCGACAAUAUCCCAACACCUUCAAGCGAUCCUCCACCAAUGAAAAGCGCACCGCCUGGGUGAAUGCUGCCAACGAACUGAAUGCCACAGUGACUGAUUGCCGCUUGAGCAUGCAGCAUGCCCUACGCGAAUUGCGUACCCUGAAAAUUGCCGAUCCAACGAACCAAUGCCAGAUGGGACAAAACUAUUAUCGCCACAUGAAUGAAAUAUACAAGGAGGUCAACUCUGCGGCACCAUCGGUCAGUGCCGGCCAGCUGUUGGUGCGAACACCGCAGCAGCUCAACGAGACACUGGCCGAAGCGGCCACCAAGGAAACGAUGGUGCCGAAACGCUUCAUUCCGGAAAUCUCCAUGAGAAACUGCGAACCACGUCUGGUGCUCAAGAACUGGGCCCAUGCCAUGGGCAGUUUCAGUACCGAAAACCAGCAAAAGUUGGUCGGAAAGCUUACCGAUAUGUUUGCCAAAUAUGCGCAGGCAUCGAAGGGAGCAAAAGCCAAAAACGAACCCAGCAAAAGCAGUCAAAAUGCAUAAGGCUAGUCCACGAAAAGCCCCUGACCAAUACACAACACACAAAUCACAAAUUUUUGCAUAAUAUUUCAGUUAUAUAUGAGUGCCGCACCACCAUCAAAGCCCAUAAUAUUGUAGUUUAUUUAUUUAUAAGCGAUAUAUUUACUUUUAUCACGAGCAUAAACUGUAUCCAUGAAAGAUGUGUUUAUUUAUCCUUGGAGCCAGAGAAAUCCAAU